AUGUCAUCUGAACAAACACCAUACACGGUAUUGAAAAUAUCAGCAAAAGAUGGUCCAUUAGCACAAAUAUGGCUUGCAGCAAACAUGGCAACCAUCCCCAAGGGUUCCAUCUUACAAACAAACAUCACUGAAUCUGCUAAAGAAAUUGCAAAAGUAUCAGGCUGCUCCUCCUCCAAAACAGACGUCGAGGACCAUCACAUAACGUUAAGAACAUCAGGGGAACUAUUACAAGGUAUAGUAAGGGUAUAUUCCAAGAAAGCUGGGUUCUUACUAAGUGACAUUAAAGAUACUUUGACAAAGAUUAGUUCUUUAUUCAAAUUGAAUCAAAGGAAUCAAUUUAAAAUUACUAUCAACAAUAAUUUGAAUACUAUCGCUAGAUUGGAUCAAUUGAUCUUAGAAGACGUCGUCACGGAGAGAGAUGUCCUUAUUACACCGGGAUUAGAAUUCUUGAAUGACGUGGACUCUACAAAUUUUCUACAUAAUAAUCAUGGGGUAAAUGGCGCCGCUUACGAUGAUUCUAUGAGUAGGAAAGUUACUGGUGCUGCUCCGUUGGGUAAUGGAAUGGAUCCUUGGGAUACAUCUUUGGAAGUUGGCAGAAGGUUUAACCCUGAUGAAGAUUUGGAAUUUCAACAUGUUUCUGGGUUGGAUUUGGAUUUAGAUCUCGAUUUCGAUUUGGAUGACGAUGGUAGUGGUAAUCAAAAUCAAAAAUCAAAAUCAUGGAAUGAAGGUACUCAUGAAAGUUCUUUAAACAAACAUCACAAUGUCAACAACAAUGAUGAUUUGGAUAUUAUUCAAACUGCUGCCAAUGAUGAAGAUAACAACUUACCAGAUAUGGAUUGGGAUUUAGGUAUUAAUGAAAAUGAUGAUCGUAAUAAUGCAGAUCAAUUAUUAUCUCCACAAAAUUCAGAACAUGGUUCAGAUGCAUCUGUUGAACUUGGUAGAAGAGCUGAUGGUACUUUGAAUGAUGAACCAACUACUGAUUUUGGUUUCGAAUUAGAUAUCGAAAAAGAAUCUCCAUCAUUAGAUGAUACUAACGAGCAAGAACAACAAGAACAAAGUAUUGAACAAAUUGAAAAACCAAAACAACCACGUAAAGCAAGAGACCCUGCAUUAAAUAAUACAGGUAAAAUUACAUUUGAUAAUGAUACUGAGAUUGAUUACAAAGAAAACAUGAAUAAUACAGGACUAAUCACUUUGAAUGAAGGCAACAAUCUUCAAAUAAUAGGAAACAGCUUAGAAAAAGAUAAAUUUUCACAAAAGAGACUUUGGUCUGAAAUGGCUACUCAUUUGAGUUAUUUACCAUCAACAAUUACUGACAAAUUACUAUCAUACCAAAACAUCAAGAAGCAAAGACUGCACUUCGUUGAUGAACAACACCAAUCACAACAGGAAGACCAAGAAGAAAAUGAAGAUAUGGUUGAACCACAAAUAAAUAUGUCUCUGGGCUUACAAGAUGACCUUAUUAAUGACACUGGUUCAGAAACUGAUAUACAACUACCUACACGAAGCGAUGAUAACUUUAUUGGACUACAAGAUGAUAUCCUGCCAAAUGACUACGUGCAAGACAAUGAUCUAGAAAACGAAGAUCACCGCUUACCAUUACAAUCACAAAAGAUACAAUUAACCACUGGUGAAGUGGUAUCGAGAGCAACUGUUGAUAUGGCAGAAUUGCUGAGAACACAAUAUGUGGAUUCUGAUGUAGUAAAUUUCAAAACCAUUUUAGAAGACUUCCAUAAUCAAAAAGCUGAUUAUAAUAAUGAUGAUAAUGGUGAUGAAAAUAAUGAUAUUGAACCUCGUAUAACAAAACGUGAAGCCAGUAAGGGAUUUUUCGAUAUUUUGUCAUUAGCUACGUCCGGUUGUAUUGAUUUAGAUCAAGAAGAGACAUUUGGAGAGAUUAAUAUGACAUCAAGGGCUCCAUUGUUUGAAAAAUUCAUCGUUUCAUAA